AUGGCUACCCACGAGCAACUCCAGUCAACGUCCUCGCGACCAAUCCUCGAUCCCACCGUCCCCUUUAAAGAAGGGUCCUCCAAAGAAGCGGCGCCCGCAUCAGCACUGAAGAGAAAGUCCGACGCAGCAGGCAUCACCAGCACAAAAAUGCACAUUGGCACACGCAGAUCUGCCCUAGCAGUCGUGCAGGCGGAACUGGUCCUCGCGGCGCUGAAGAAGGCGCACCCGGAAAUCGAAUACGAGAUCCAUGCCAUGGCCACCAUGGGUGAUAAGAAUCAAGUGACGGCGCUGCAUGAAUUCGGCGCGAAGAGUCUGUGGACACAUGAGCUGGAGGCGCAGUUGCUGGACGGGACGCUGGACAUUAUCGUGCAUUGCUUGAAGGAUAUGCCGACGCAGUUGCCGCCCAAAUGUAUUAUUGGGUGUAUUACGGAGAGAGAGGAUCCUAGGGAUGCGGUUGUCAUGAAGCAGGGACUGGCGUUUAAGACGCUGGCGGACUUGCCGGACGGCGCGGUGGUCGGCACGAGCAGUGUGAGGCGAAGUGCGCAGGUCAAGGCGAAAUACCCUGCGUUGAAGUUCAAGGAUGUCAGAGGCAAUGUUGGGACGCGGUUGGGCAAGCUUGAUGCGGAGGAUGGAGAGUACUCGUGUCUGAUAUUGGCGGCUGCUGGGCUUCUACGAAUGGAUCUCGGGGCUCGGAUCACCCAGUAUCUAGACUCGAAGACGCCGGGCGGAGGCAUGUUAUAUGCUGUUGGCCAAGGAACACUCGCCAUUGAGGUUCGGGAGGGGGAUUACAAGACCAUUGAGAUAUUAUCCAGCUUGGUUCACCAGGACUCGACCUUGUCAGGGCUUGCAGAGCGGAGUUUGAUGCGGACGUUGGAAGGAGGGUGCAGUGUACCGAUUGGGGUCGAGACAACGUGGAUCGAGAAGGGAAAGCUACUGAUGAAAGCAAUUGUAGUCAGUCUUGACGGAACGCAAGUUGUAGAAUCCCAACUAUUAGAUGAGGUGUUGAACGAGAAAGACGCAGAUGAGUUUGGUUGGAAGCUGUCUCAAGACUUGGUGGAGAAGGGAGCAGCGAAGAUCUUGGAAGAUAUUAACCUAAACCGGCCGGUUAUUAAAGAAGGAGGUGGCGCCUAA